AUGCGGAGGGAGUGUAGUCUGAAUGACAGAGAUUCCAUCAAGGCAACCAGUGCUGAGUUGGAGGGCUGGUUAAGAACAGUGGCCAAGUCUGGGCCCCCUGGAAGAUUCAAGGCCUGGGUCUACCAGCAUGGAAUCCUCCCAAGAUUCCUCUGGCCCCUGCUUAUCUCUGAGGUCCCGGUGGAAGGAUUUGAGCAAAGGGUAAGGAGCUAUCUACACAGAUGGCUGGGAUUGCCACGCAGCCUAAGCAACAAUGGGCUGUACGGGAACACAAAUAAGCUCAGGCUCCCCUUCAGCUCAGUCAGGGAGGAGUUCAUCGUGGCACGGGCACGGGAACAUCUGCAGUACUCAGGAUCCAGAGACUACAAAGUGUCCGGGUCAGGGAUUGUUGUGAGCUCAGGGAGGAAGUGGAGGGCAGCGGAUGCAGUCCAGCAGGCAGAAACUCGACUGAAGCACAAGGCCAUCCUUGGAACAGAGUUGCGAGCUUCAGUGGAGGAAGAGCGAACAAGCAGAGCAGUGGCGAUGCGGCCGCAGGGAGCCUGGAUGAAGCGGGAGGAGUGUCACCUGGAAGGAUAUCUGGCAGUGGAACCCCCAGAGGAUCAAGUUCUUGAUUCAGGGGGGACACUGGAAGACAUCCUGACCAGCUGCUCCAAGGUGCUGGGUGAGGGCCGGUAUCGAUGGAGGCACAACCAGGUCCUCAAGUCCAUCGCUGAAGCAAUCAGCAAGGGGAUCAAGGGCAGCCAACAGAAUAAGGAAUAUAUUCGAUCUGCCAAGAUACUGAAUUCCAGACAGGCCCACAUGUCAACGCCUGUCCUGUGUGCAACCAGAACAAGACCUCCAGUCGUCCACCAGCCGGCUUCCUGCACCCAUUGCCUGUUCCUCACCGCCCAUGGCCACACUGCUAUCCUCACAGUCAUCGACCGUUUUAGCAAGAUGGUCCACUUCAUUCCCCUUUCCAAGCUUCCCUCUGCCAAAGAGACAGCUGAACUGGUUCUCCAGAACAUCUUUCGUCUCCAUGGACUGCCCACUGACAUUGUCUCUGACCGGGGGCCCCAGUUCACAUCCAUGUUCUGGAGGGAGUUUUGCAGCCUAGUUGGGGCCUCGGUCAGUCUGUCCUCUGGAUUCCACCCCCAGUCCAAUGGGCAGACUGAGAGAAUGAACCAGGACCUGGAGACCACUCUCCGCUGCUUGAUGAACCACAACCCUGCUUCCUGGUCUGAACGACUGAUCUGGGUAGAAUAUGCCCACAACACCCCCCCCUACUCUUCCACUGGAAUUUCACCCUUCCAGUGCGCCUAUGGGUAUCAGCCCCCAUUAUUUUCCAAUCAAGAGUGGGAGGCUGCCUGCCCAUCGGUACAAGCCUUCGUUCACCGUUGUCGGCAUACCUGGGACCGGGCACGUACCGCUCUCCUCAAGUCGGUCGACCGCUAUGCUGCCGCCGCCAACAAGCACCGCACGCCUGCUCCUGCCUACCAGGUUGGCCAUAGGGUCUGGCUCUCCACCCGUGACCUGCCCCUAAAGGUGGAGAACCGCAAGCUGGCUCCUAGGUUUGUUGGACCCUUUCCCAUAGCUUGCAUCAUCAACCCAGAGGCGGUGCUUCUUCGGCUUCCCCGGUCCAAGAGGAUCCAUCCGACGUUCCAUGUCUCCAGGAUCAAGCCAGUCCAAGAGAGUCCUCUGGUUCCUCCCAUGCCGCCCCCUCCGCCUCCUCAGCUCAUUGAUGGCGGUCCCGGGUCUGAACGGGAACAUGUGCAGCAUGUCCGCAGUGUCCUCCAGAGACUCCUUGAGAACCAGCGGUUUGUGAAGGGGGAGAAGUCUGAGUUCCAUGCCACUGAGGUGUCGUUCCUGGGAUACAUUGUUUCAGUUGGACGUAUUCACAUGGACCCCACCAAAGUUAAAGCAGUGGUAGAUUGGCCGGUUCCCACCACUCGGAAGAAGCUUCAACAGUUCCUGGGGUUUGCCAAUUUGUAUCCUGGGGACAUUCUUCUCGCCUUGCCUGGGGCUCUCCACAGGCUGAUCCGAAGGCUGCAGUGUGACGCCGCAGACGCAGCCGAAGCACUCAGAAUAGGGUUCAUGAACAUAAGGUCGCUUUCAUCGAAAGGGCUCUUGGUCCAUGAUCUAAUUAUUGAUAAAAAGAUCGACAUACUGGGGCUUUGUGAAACCUGGUUAAAACCAGAUGAGUUUCUAGCCCUAAAUGAAGCUACUCCACCCCAUUACGUUAGCACCCAAGUAUCUAGAGAAGUUAAGAAAGGUGGUGGAGUAACCCUGAUAUCUAAUUCUAAGCUUAAUUUAAAGCCAAAGAAUAGAUAUAUUUUCAGAUCCUUCGAAGUGCUAGCGCUCUGCACCUCAGCUCCCAGGGAAGCAAAACGAGUUCCAGACUCUUUUGUUUUAGCUGUAGUAUACCGUCCCCCAGGACCGUAUUCAGUUUUUCUUGAUGAGUUUUCUGACUUUGCAGCUGAUCUGGCUACAUACUCAGACAAUGUUUUGCUUAUUGGGGAUUUCAACAUUCACGUGAAUAACCCGUCUGAUGCCCUCACAAGGGCUUUUCUGUCCAUUACAGAUACGCUUGGCUUCAAACAGCUCGUCCAGCACCCAACCCACAUCGGUGGAAACACGCUGGAUCUCGUUCUGACCCGCGGUGUAGACAUUUCACAGCUAGUGGUCUCUUCCUACACCUCAGCUUUAUCAGACCAUUUUUUGCUCACUACACCUGCAACCAUUACAGCUAUGGCAGAUAAGUUAUCUGGUUCACUUGCACCUCUCUGUAACUAUAGUGGUUCUGUGGAGUGUCUUACUGAUGACCUCAACAUUGCCUUGUCUGUUGCCAUUGUUUCAGUUGCUCCGCACGUAACUAAAAAACGAACAUUGAAAAAACCAGCUCCUUGGUUUAAUGCAGAAACGCGCAUUUUGAAGCGAAACUGCAGGAUCCUUGAACGUAAAUGGCGCUCGGCAAAACUAGAGGUCUUUUAUCUUGCAUGGCAUAAUAGUCUGAUCACCUAUAAGGGUGCGCUGACUAUUGCCAGGAAUGCCUACUAUUCUAGUAUCAUUAAUUUGAAUAGAAAUAAUCCUAAGUUUCUUUUUGACACGGUGAGGAGUCUCACUCAGAAACAGAAUCAGACCGUAGGCUCCUCGAUCGUGGCAGGUGAAUUCAUGGAUUUCUUUGAGAAUAAGAUUCAAUCAAUUAGAGAGGAAAUUGAUGCUUGCCGUGCGGCUAAUCCUACACAUCCUGUGGGGCAGGAUGGGGUUCUCCCAAGUAGGAUGGUGAACUCUGACGCAACUCUUUUGGAGUUUAAGGCAAUUUCUUUGGUGGAACUUGAAAGGGUGAUAAAGGCCUCAAAGCCAACAACUUGUAUGUUGGAUCCUCUCCCUUCCAGGGUUCUUAAGGAACUUCUUCCAACGGUGGGGCCUGUUAUCCUCUCGCUUAUGAAUCUUUCGUUUUCAACAGGAAUUGUUCCCUCCAAUUUCAAGGCUGCGGUGUUAAAACCGCUACUCAAAAAGCCAGGCCUAGAUCCUGAACUAAUCAGGAACUAUCGGCCUAUAUCGAAUCUGCCCUUCCUGUCCAAGGUACAGGAAAGGAUUGUAGCGAAGCAAAUUGUUGAUUAUCUGACCAGGAAUAAUCUCUUCGAACCUUUCCAGUCGGGGUUCAGGAAUUUCCACUCAACUGAAACUGCUAUUACAAGAGUUGUAAAUGACAUCCUUUUAGCUUUGGAUAAAAAUACAAGCACAAUGCUUGUGCUGUUGGAUCUGAGCGCUGCGUUUGAUACAAUCGACCACAGCACUCUUCUUCACCGUCUUGAACACUAUGUUGGUUUCGGGGGUACGGCUCUUGGUUGGCUUGAAUCGUACCUCACCGAUAGAACCCAUUUUGUGCUUCAUGAGGGUGCAGAAUCAAAGCGCGGUAAAUUGCGCUUUGGCGUACCACAAGGGUCGGUUCUUGGUCCAUUACUUUUUGCAAUUUAUAUGCUUCCCCUGGGUGACGUUAUCUGCGGCUUCGGAAUUAGUUUCCAUUGCUAUGCGGAUGACACCCAGCUUUACAUUCCUGUAGAUUCCGGGGACUCGGGCCAGAUUCAAAGGGUUGAGUCCUGUCUAGCUGCUGUGAAGGGCUGGAUGUCACAAAACUUCCUACAGCUUAAUACUGGGAAGACAGAGCUGAUGAUUAUCGGCUCGAAGCGGGACCGGGAAAAGUUUGAGGAUCGAAGCCAUCUGUGGUUGGAUGGCUUCACCAUCCCACAGAGUGCAUCCGUCAAAAAUCUUGGUGUCCUGUUUGACCCUCACCUAUGCUUUCACCAACAUAUAAAAAGUAUAACUAGAAUUGCCUUUUUCCAUCUGAGAAACAUUGCAAGAAUCAGACCAAUGUUAUCCGUAGUGGAUGCAGAGACACUGAUUCAUGCAUUUGUUUUGUCAAGACUGGACUAUUGCAAUGCAUUGUUCUCGGGAUUACCAAACUCUACCACAAAAAGUCUACAGCUGGUACACAAUGCGGCAGCUAGACUGCUGACCAGAACGAGAAAGUUUGAUCAUAUUACACCUAUUCUCGCCUCUCUACACUGGCUACCAAUAACUUUCAGAUCAGACUUUAAGGUGCUAUUGUUAACCUAUAAAGCCUUGCAUGGAUUAUCUCCAUCGUACCUGAAGGACCUGAUCAUUCCUUAUAGUCCUUCUCGGUCCCUCCAGUCUUCGGGAGCUGGCCUUCUUUCACUGCCGAAGGUUAAAAAGAAAUCGGCUGGACAGAGAGCGUUUGCCUAUCGAGCCCUUUUUUUAUGGAAUAGGCUGCCAUCAGCGAUCAGGGAAGCUGACUCUGUGGAGCUAUUCAAAGGGAAGCUCAAAACGCACCUCUACAAUCUUGAGCGAGAGGCCAGUUUCCCGUCUGUCCAGGCGUUCAUCCAGCGCUGUCAGCGCACCGGGCCCGUUCUGCUCUCCUGCGUUCGUCCGACCGGUACCAGAGAAAUGCCAACCGCCGUCGGUUCCCUGCACCAUGCUACACUCCUGGUCAGAAGGUUUGGCUGUCCACACAUGACCUCCCACUCCGGGUAG